GACGGAACGCGGUAUUGGUGUCUGUUGUCCCGUGGAAAGCUAUCCGUUAGUUUCAACAAAUUACACCAGUUUGGUCACGGCAACUUACACAGAACACAGGAAAAUGUAAGAGGCUGUGGUGUCGUGCAGCGGAUUUUCUUCCCAAUGAGUCAAUUCCCAACACUGUGUGUUGUUAACUACGACGAUGACUUGCCCCGACGAAAGUUUCGAUAUUCGUCGUCUUCGCCGAAAUCAAGCAGUCGAGAUGUGAGCACGACGCUUUCACAGUACGAUGUGCCGUAUUAUAGUAGUUCCGUGACGAGAACAGAAACGACAGUACCGUAUCGUCUUAGCGCACGUACCAACUCGAGUAGUCUACAAAUACCAAAGGAAGCUAGAAGUCGCAGUCAUGUGUCUUUUUUUCGUGACAAUGAAACCACCCAAUCACAGCCAGUGCCUUAUGAGUGGUACAUACGUGAUGUGAAGGAACGUCUUGACAGAGCACGAACAGCCCAAUCAAGUUAUUCCCUCCCAUCGUUAAGAAGUGGUUGGGGUGAUACUAGCCAUACUGUCAAUGCUGAAGUUCUUGAUGAGCCUGUCUGGAAUAAAUAUUUAAAUGCAUGGGUGUCUGGUAAACAGGAUGACGGGGAUGGGUUAUAUUGUAAAAUAAGUCAAGGUGCUAAUCUAUAUGACAGAGGAUUGUACCAUUAUGUGCCGCAAUUUGAAGAAUUCCCCCAUUUGCCGUGUGCUCGGUUCCAUGCACACAUGACAAGGACUCCAGCUCCCAGGCAGGAUCAGAAUAGGAAAAAGAAAGUUAUAAAGAGGCCAGAGUUCUGGCAUUACAAACGGAAAGAAGAACCACCAAAACCUAAACCCAAGAGAAAAGCAUCUAAAGGUGUUCGUUGGUUAGAUGAUGAUGCCGAUGUCUAUUUACCAACUUCGGGAGUACUUCAGAACAGUAUAAGUAACCCCAGUGACAAAGGAACUGCUGCGCCACCAAAGAAACCCCCAGAACCAAUUAGACUACCCACACCAUUGAAGAGUCCUCCUCCUCCUCCCCCUCCUGAAGAAAGUGAUGAACGUGAAGAAGAGAUUCCUCCUGAUAUCAAGUAUAGCAAUGACUUUAUGUUUGACAUUGUUAAUGCAUUUAUACCAGAAGAAUUGGAGAUACUUAGCAUAGAAAUAAUAGAUAGUCUUGAAGAUGGAUUGGAAGAUGGGGAUGACAUAUCAGACUAUGGUUACCUUGGAGAUGAAGACUUCAAUAUCGAGGAUGCAGUGAGAGUUUAUAGUCCCAUUACACGAAUGGAACCACCACCCACGCCACCACAGAAGCUUCAACCACCUCCCAAAUCUCCCACACCCCCUCCUACAUCACCUCCAAAAGAGCCAACACCGCCACCUUUACCACCUCCGAAAGAACCAAAAAAGAAGAAAGUUAUCGUCAAGAAAGAGAAGAAGCCCAUUGAAAAGCCACCUCCAAAGACACCGACACCCCCUCCACCUAAAGAACCUACACCACCACCACCACCCCCUCCUUUACCAACACCACCACCACUCCCUCCUCCACCAGAUUUGCCGCCGCUUCCAAUUGUUGAGAAACCUAAAGUUAGGUUUAAAGAACCAGUCAAAAAAACAAUGGAUUUGCCAAAAAUUGAAAGUCCCCCGCCAUCACCGUCGCCACCUGUAUCAGAACCUGAGGAGGAACCAAAACGAAAGAAAGUUACUUGGAACAAAAAUCGAUCCAAACUUAUGUAUGAUAAAAUGAGGAGACGAAAGAAGCCAAUUCCACCGCCGCCGAAAACAGAAGUCGCGUUUAAAGAUUAUGGCUGGUUGGCUCAGUUUUGUAUUUUGAAAAAAGAAAAAGUUGAAAUGUAUAGGAGGGCUUUUGAAACAUUGGAUGAUGAUGAAGAUGGUUAUCUGGAUGGUUUUGAAACAAUCAUGGCAUUAAAAGGGAUAUCUGGUGCUAAUACACUAACAGAGAUGGAAGAAGAGUACAUAUACAGAAUAUUGGAGAUGGCUGAAUACCAUAUCACAUCUGGCACUGACUUCAGGAUCUUUGCUAUAGUAGCAGCACUAACACAGAAGAUAGCAAGGCUUGAUAACUGGAUGAAAAAUAUCAUAAACAGAUUAGAUUUUAAAAUGCUAGAAAUGAAAAUGUUCAAAUCGAAAGACCUAUUUCUUUGGAAUGUGGACCAAAAUACCAACACUAUAUCUAUUGAACAGCUGAUGAUUGAACUGAAAGCAGGUGGCGUGAGUGAAGAGCAUCAGGAAGAAGUCCAAGUCAAAUUAGGUCAUUUAGGGCGGCUAGACUUAUUGGAUUUUAUGACUUAUGUGCCGUUAUUUAUCAUGUUACAUGAAUCGGUUGUAGAAAACCCAUUGGACGAUUCUAGGGAUAAAUAGCGUCACAUAACACACAGAAGACGAAGAAGUAAACACAUCAAGAAAUGACACAGCUGUGCACCAAGAUGACAGGAACUCGUUUGUAGCAGGUUCAUAUGCCUAGUACAUGUACAAUUCUGUGAAUGUUUUCUGCAUAGAAAGGAAAAUCACAAAAACAUUUCCAGUAUCCAUUACAUCCAUUAUUGCCACUAGAGGGCAGUAGCUAAACUGGGAGACCAUCACUAGGGGAUGUAGUUAAACUAAAAGUAUCACCAAUAGAGGGCUGCAUGUACUUGAAGACCACCAUGAGAAUUUGUUUGCCCAAGGAUGUUAAUUUUUAAGGUUAAAACGUGUUGAAAAGUCUUCUGUAAUUCACACAUUUUUCAAAAGUUACUAAGCAUGCUACAAUAACCACUUGUAUAUCAUCUGAAACCUUAGAUAUUCUAACGUAUUUGCAUAUAUCUUAGCUUUUAGAUGAUAUAUAGGUUGUUAUAGUAUCAUUAUAAAUAAACAUUGUCUGAAAGCAUCCCUGGUACUUGUAUACUAUGAUAUACUAAACUAUGAAUGGUGUAUAUGAAAUAUACUAUUAUUUUGAAAAGAUAUUAUUUAUGGUAUCCCAGACCAUUCGUCCCGGUGUUAUCGCUAUCGCCACACGAGACUCCAGCUUGUCUCCUAUACAAUUUGACUGCGCACAUCCAGAAAGUAGAUGUAGCUGUGAUUGGUGGAAUACUAAUGAGUUGAGUGUCAAUCAAACGCCCACGCUAUCUUUAGUAAACAAAGUCACGUGACACGCGCCAUUUUAGUUUUGAUUAGUUCAUCGGAUCGGAGUGGUCGGGCAGGCGAUUUCAAGGCAGCACGCUUAACUCUUUCAUUCACAGGUUGGGAGAUAUUAGAAUG